AAGGAGGAGAAGAAGCGCCGCCGCACCUGCAAGCACGAGGGCUGUCGCAACUACAUCGUGCACAAGGGGCUCUGCUGUCGCCACGGGGGCGGCAAAAAGUGUACGCUGGAGGGCUGUUCGACCAGCGCCAAGCACCGCGGAUUGUGCUGGAAACACGGCGGCUCUGUAAAGUGCAAGGAGGUCGGCUGCGACAAGAAGGCCAAGGCGCGAGGGCUCUGCUGGGCCCACGGCGGAGGCACCAAGUGCCGCAACACCGGGUGCGCCAAGGUGGCUGUGUCGGGCGGCUACUGUUGGGCGCAUGGCGGUGGCAAGCGCUGCGGUUAUGACGGCUGCGUCAAACCGGCAUACGAGCGCACGGGCAACUUGUGCGAAAUGCACUUC